AUGGAUUACAAAGAUGAUGAAAGCACUAGUGUUGGACUCCUGGACAGUGACUCGGCAUUGUUUGAAUCAGAUGACAUCAGACUGAGAACUAAGUCCCUAGAAGUUACUGACACCAGACAAGGACAAUCAGCACUUGUGCCUGGCCGAUCUGCUGUAACAACUCCUGGUGAAGACGUGGCCAAAGUUAAACCAUUCACUUCCUACAAAGUAUCGCAUAAUGUCGAGUUUGAAGCUAAAAAUCACACAACAACUGGACCUAUAAAAGCUGGAGACGUUUUUCCAGUACAAGAGGUGACUCGACCUCAUAACUCAGUCAGAGUGUACCCCUCUCAAUCUGAGAACUUACACAGUGUAGGUACAACAGAAACUGAACUGGAACCAUUGCUGAAGAAAAAUAACAAAUUAAAAAGUGGACUAAAGUGUUGGAAACUUAUCGUUCUGGUGGUUUUCUUUGGAAAUGCAGCUGCUCUAAUAACAUUUGGCUCAAUAUUGAUACGUAUAUCGACUGUUCCAGGUACAAUUUCUCAAAUAAUCGAAGUCGAAAAUCAAAAUAUGGUGUUGUUGGAUUAUUUCGAUACAUAUUACUAUAAUAAAAUCACUAUUGAAGAAUCGAAACACAAUCGUUGUCCUGCGUGUACAGUUGAGGUAUAUUCAUUCUACCCUGAAAAUUUAAUCGUGGACGAUAAUUAUUUUAACAUCUCAUCAGGUAACGUAACGGCUACACGCGAUGACGUGAUUUUAUCACCUUAUUAUUUCAUAUCCGGCUCCAAAGUGAAAUUAACAGCAAUUUUUUUCCCGACUAGAACCCAAAACACAACAAUAGAAUUUGUUCUGUACAACAAUCUGCAACAGUAUGAAGCUUUCCAAAGAGGUGAUAAACCUGAUGCUUAUGAAACGUACCCAAUACAAGUUAACGAAAAAGAAAAAACAUAUUCACUUUCUUUAACAAUUGUUAACACUGGUUACUACUUUAUUGGACUCAGGCCUGAUUCUCCUGUCAACUUACAAUUUACAGUUAUCGUCCAUCAAAUCCACUACUCAAGAGACAAUUUCCCACCCCCUGUAUGUGUACUAACAUCUACUGAUUCCUGCACCGUACCUUUCACACCGAGCUCAACUGAUACUUACACUGACACGCUGAAAACUUGUGUUUUAGUUUAUUCCAUUCCUCCCCACGAAGUGGCUGAAUCGUACUAUGUGACUUUAGAGUACAACGUAUACCGUGGGUUCUGGAACAUGUAUACUAUUAUACUACUGUCACUCGUGUGUCUAUCUGCUUUGUGUGUACUUUUGCUAUGCUUCUAUUGUGCUUGCUCGUGUGUAUGUAGUGGUGUGAAAGCUAGAAACAAGAAAAACUAUAACUAUCUUACUAUCAACUAAUUUUUGGCUCCAUUUCUGUGUUUUUUUGUGUGGGUGUUGUUCAAUGAAUUUUGCUGAAAAAUGAAAAA